ACCCCCAUUUGGAAGAAGUUUCGUAAUUCCCAUCUGGAAGUAAAAGGCCACUCUGAGAGCGGAAGAAGGUUGGCAACUCGAAGCGACUUGCGAGGUCCAGUUGUUGCUAUUGUAGAAUUUCCCUUAACCCUUGAAGGAUCUAGAAGAAGGUAAUAUUUUAACCAGUCUCUGAUUCCAAAGUUAAUAUAUGCUUAUGGUGUUCGGUUUAUUGAAGAAUGGUGUACAAGCUAUUGGACCAGUGCCACAUGCUGGUGACUGUUCUGAGGAGGGAUUUGUGGGAAUGGAAUAGAUACAGCCACAGUACCUGCGGGCUAUGAUGAUAUUGAAAUUCUUUCCUGAGAAGCAAGAUAGGUGUAGGCCCCCCAAAUUGUUAGAAUUUAGAAUCUGUUGGCAUAUCUAAAAAUAAUUUGCAAAAGUGUGGAACUUUACAGCUGUUAUCUGAGAGUAUCUGGGGGAGCUUCUGUUAACCAUUAUUUUGCGGAUGAAGUUCUGCAAUCAUGGAUUUAGGAAAGUGGCAAAUUGUUAAGUAUUCCAUGAAGGCAAAUGCUCUUCUUGCACGUGCAUGGAAUCAUUGAUUGGGUUUAUUUGCAAAUGAAGAUAUGUUCCUUUGGCAAAAAUGUUUUCGAUUCUUCUAUUUUAAAGAAGGUACGAAGGAAUGGGGAAAAGACGGAAAAUGGAAAAAGGCUAAACAACGCUGUGAGUGGCACCUGUAAGCGCUUGUGAAUUAGUAAACAUUGUACUAGCUCUUUUUUUGGUAUCUUGCUUUUCAGCUGGCAAUGAUAUCCACGCAAUUGAAGUCAUUAAAUUUCUUAAUGAAAAUGAAGGCGUAUUAGAUCCUUACUGGAAAAAUGAAAUGAGUCAUUGAUUUUUCAGAGUUUUAAUUCCAGUGUUACAGACAAUAAACUGAGGCUUCUCAAUGUACUACUUUAUAUUGAGCAAGAUGGUCAAUGGUUUUUCCUUCAACUCUCCAUUGGAUUUGCAAAUUAUUUACCUUUCACGAAACACUAAAUUACUUGACCUCAGAACAAAUUGUUUUAUAGAGGAAUGUACAAGCGCUUAAUGUGAAAAAGGGUGGCAAAUCUUGAUAUCCUGAGUUCUUUUAAGAAAAUAAAUCUACAGAAGUAUUUGCAGUAAAUGAUGAAGCUACAUUUUCUAUGAAGAAGAAACAGUAUACACUUGUAUAGAAAAGAAAAGAAAAAAGAACCCCUGCUCCCUCUCACAUUUCCAAAAGUUGCUUUUAUUGAUGUGUUUUGGAAUAACAAUUUGCCAAUUACAUAUAAGCAGCAUCCGGUGUAGGAACUCUCAAAUAUGUAACAAGGCUACCACAGACAUAUCUGGAGAUAUUCCUGAAAGUGCUGGUGAGUUGAGCCAGUACGAGAAAGUGAUUGAAACCUUGACAAUUCUUUUUCCUGUUUGGGUCAUCUUGGGGGCCGUUAUCGGCAUUUGCAAGCCAACUGCUGUAACUUGGUUGGAGAAAGAUCUUUUUACUCUUGGCUUGGGUUUCCUCAUGCUCUCUAUGGGCUUGACAUUGACAUUUGAGGAUUUCAGACGGUGUCUGCGAAAUCCGUGGACUGUGGGUGUAGGGUUUCUUGCACAAUAUUUAAUUAAACCCAUGCUAGGCUUUGCCAUUGUAAUGACUCUAAAACUUUCAGCUCCUCUUGCAACUGGUCUUAUUCUGGUCUCAUGUUGUCCUGGAGGUCAGGCAUCAAAUGUUGCGACAUUCAUAUCCAAGGGAAAUGUUGCACUGUCUGUUCUUAUGACAACGUGUUCAACCAUUGGAGCUAUUAUAAUGACCCCACUUCUUACAAAGCUUCUUGCUGGUCAACUCGUUCCAGUUGAUGCUGUUGGCCUGGCAGUUAGUACAUUUCAGGUUGUUUUAGUCCCAACGGUUGUGGGAGUUUUGGCAAAUGAGUUUUUUCCUAAGUUCACUUCAAAGAUAAUCAUUGUCUGUCCUCUGAUUGGAGUCAUUUUGACCACUCUCCUCUGUGCAAGCCCAAUUGGGCUAGUUUCUGAUGUAUUAAAAGCUCAAGGGGCACAAUUAGUAUUGCCAGUUGUUUUCCUACAUGCUGCUGCAUUUACUCUUGGUUAUUGGUUUUCAAGAAUAUCAUUUGGCGAAUCCACAUCACGCACUAUAUCUAUAGAGUGUGGAAUGCAGAGUUCUGCACUGGGGUUUUUACUCGCUCAGAAGCACUUUAAAAAUCCCCUUGUGGCUGUUCCUUCUGCUGUGAGUGUUGUCUGCAUGGCGCUUGGUGGGAGUGCUCUUGCUGUGUUUUGGAGGAACAGACCAAUUCCCCUUGAUGACAAAGACGACUUCAAGGAAUGAAAAUCAUUCACUAAUAUUAACAUAUCCUUCAUUUGUAUGCGGGAACAUGUUACACAUUAAGGAUUUAGAUUCAGUUCACAACAAA